GUACGCCACUCCAGCUGGCUGCCUCGUCCGUCGUCCGUCGUACGUCUCCCCCGCCCGCGGCCGUGCGCGGUGCGCCCAGCAGCGGGGAUGUGCGCCGCGGGCGAGCGCUGCGAGCUGUGCGGCGCGGGGGCGGACGUGCACUGCCGGGCCGACGCGGCGUUCCUCUGCUGGCCGUGCGACGCCGAGGUGCACGGCGCCAACACCCUCGCGUCCCGCCACCGCCGCACGCGCGUCUCGCAGUCCAGGGGCGUCGUUCGCGUGCGCUGCGAGGUGGCGCUCGAGGGCUGGGCCCGGCGGAUGGGCCUCGAGGAGGGGGCGGCGCACCGGUGUGCCGAGGCGGCCGCGCGCGUGAUCCGGACCGAGGUCGCCGUGGCGGCGCCGCGCAUGCCGCUGCUCGUCGCGAUGGCGGCCGCGCUGUGGUGGGAGGUGGCGGCUCACGGCGUCCACGAGCCUGAGGACGCGCUCCAGCGCUUGGAGGCCAGUGCGCACGUGCCGGCAAGGCUGCUUGUGGCGGUGGCAGCGGCGAUCGGGCGCGCGCGCGCCAGGAAGAGGACGGCCGCAGUGAACGCCUAGGAGGGGCCAGGUCGAAUGCCCGUGUACCCAGCAAUGACG